AUGGAGUCGCACACUGCCCAGCGUGGUGCACUCGAACCAUUCCACGAAAUGCCAGCGCCCGCCUCGGAUGUCUCCCCCGAGUCGAGUGAGACGUCACAUACGAGGCUAACACCUCAGUCGGACUCGGAAGAUUCAGACUUAGAUAUGGAUGAGCUUGGGAAGAGCUUCAAGUUGCAACGCGUUGCUAAGGAUCGGGGGAAGGUGUGGGAUGCGGAGGAGGAGGAGGAUUAUGAUGAAGACGACAAGGGCAACGAGGACGAGGGCGAAUACCGUACCGACGGACGGAGGCGCAGAGCCAGUGUUUCGACCGUACAAUCUUACCAGUUAUAUACCCCAGAUGAGGAACGGGCAGUUGUGAGGAAAUUUGACCGGAAAUUGGUGUUAUUUGUUGCCUUAUUAUAUAUGUUGAGCUUCUUGGAUAGAUCAAACAUUGGAAACGCCAAAAUAGCAGGCCUAGAUGUUGAUCUAGAUCUCGAUUCCAAUAAAUACGAAUGGGUGCUUACAGCCUUCUACAUCGCAUAUAUCUCCUUCGAGUGGAUGAGUAUACUCUGGAAACUCAUUCCAGCACACAUCUACGUAACAGCCAUAGUCCUAUCAUGGGGUAUAAUUGCCUCCCUACAGUCAAUCGCGACAUCCUUUGCCAACCUUCUCGUACUCCGAUUUCUACUGGGGAUUGGGGAAGCUGGGUUCACUGGGAUACCGUUCUACCUAUCAUUCUUCUUCAAAAGGGAAGAAUUGGCUCUACGGACAGGAUACUUCAUAUCCGCCGCACCGCUGGCAACGUCUUUUGCAAGCACGUUGGCGUGGGCCAUUAUAGCUCUGGGAAAACGCUGUCCCAUCGCGUCCUGGCGCCUGCUCUUCCUCCUCGAAGGCUUCCCAAGCGUGCUCGUAGCCGUGAUAGCCUGGCACAUAAUCCCCGACAGUCCUAGCACAGCACAUUACCUGACACAGCGCGAAAAGAAAGUGGCGCGUCUCCGCCUACGCAAAGAAAAACUCGCGUCUUCCCACUCAGGAACAUCAAACCGCUGUGGCCUGAAUGUCAAGGAAAUGCUCAACACGCUGACCUCUCCACAAACUUACCUCACAGCCCUAAUGUUCUUCUUUACCAACAUGGCGUUCUCCUCCAUGCCCGUCUUCCUACCUUCGAUAAUCCACUCUAUGGGCCACACCCCCCUAACAUCACAAGCCCUUUCCGCACCGCCUUACCUCCUCUCCUUCCUCGUCGUCAUUCUUACAGCGUACGCCUCCGAUCGCCUCCGCACUCGCAGCACAUUUAUAAUUGCUCAUGCUCUUCUCUCAGCUUGCGGGUACGCAUUCGUAGCCCUAGCGGGACACCGAGGAUGGGGCAUCUGGUGGAGAUACGCGGGAAUAUAUCCUGCAUGUGUGGGGUUCUUUAGUGUUAUUACGAUUAUUAUUACGUGGUCUAUUAAUAAUCAGGAGAAUGAGAGUAGGCAGGGUGCGGGUUUCGCGGUUUUGCAGAUCGUUGGACAGUGCGGGCCAUUGGUGGGGACAAGGCUGUAUCCUGAGGCUGAUGGACCUCUUUAUGUGAGAGGUAUGAGUGUUUGUGCUGGGAGUAUGGUGAUCGUUGCGUUCCUGGCUCUGGGGUUGCGAUUUUAUCUGGGGUGGAAGAAUAGGGCUGUGGCCGAGGGACAAGAGGUGGUAUAUGGGAAAAUUGGUGAUGAGGGUCAUUUGAAUACCAAGUCUCGGGUACAUUUCAGAUAUAUGCUUUGA